AAUAAAUAAUAAUAAAAUUAAAAACCGCCAUGGGAACCCUCUACGAAGGAGCUCCAUCUCUCCUGCAAGAUCUGAAAGUGAGCAUCCAUGGCUCCUCUCUAGUAUUUCCCAGCGAAGAAGCAGAGAGAAAGUCCAUAUUCUUAUCCAACAUUGACAAAGUUCUGAACUUCAACGUAGAAACGGUGCAUUUCUUCCCACGGAACAGAGAAUAUCCUGCAGAAAGAGUAGCCGAGAAGCUGAAGAAGACGCUGGCGAAGGUGCUGGUCCCGUACGAUUUUCUGGCCGGAAGACUGAAGUUGAACCCAGAAACGGGACGGCUCGAGAUCGAGUGCAAUGGCGGUGGAGUUGGGUUCGUGUCGGGUUCUAGCGAGUAUGCAUUGGAUGAGAUUGGAGACUUGGUUUAUCCCAACCCGGCUUUUGCACAACUCAUUUCCAAGACUUUGGAUUUCUUGAAACCAGCUGAUGAUCACCCACUUGCUAUUUUCCAGGUGACCUCAUUUAAGUGUGGUGGUUUUUCGAUGGGCAUUUCAACGAAUCAUGCAACAUUUGAUGGCCUAGGCUUCAAGCUCUUCUUGGACAACUUGGCUGCUGUAGCUGCUGACAAACCCCUGGUCGUUGACCCCUGUAAUGACCGGCGACUCCUGGCCGCCAGGUCCCCGCCACUUGUCGCAUUCCCACACCCUGAGCUCCUCAAGCUCAACACCCCUGCUGGCCAAGACUCAAACCCUCCUGUCUUUGAAGCCACCCAAGAAGACCUAGCCUUCAACAUUUUCAGCCUCACUUCUGCUGACAUCGCCCACCUCAAGGAGAAGGCCAAAGCCACCGACGGGGUCCAUACCAACACGCGUAUCAGCGGCUUCAACGUCGUUACCGCCCACAUAUGGCGGUGCAAGGCAUUAUCAUGCGACACAGGGAAAAACAUGGAGAGAUUGUCCACCAUCCUUUACGCGGUUGACAUAAGGCCAAGACUAAACCCGCCAUUGCCGGCAUCUUAUUCAGCGAACGGGGUGCUCACUGCAUAUGCAAGAGCUUCAUGCAAGGAACUGAGUGAAGGGCCAUUUGCAAGAGUGGUGGAGAUGGUCUAUGAGGGUGCAAAAAGGAUGACAGAUGAGUAUGCAAGGUCUGUUAUAGACUGGGGAGAGUUGUACAAAGGGUUUCCACAUGGGGAGUUCUUGGUUUCAUCAUGGUGGAAAUUAGGAUUUGCUGAGGUGGCAUAUCCUUGGGGGAGGCCUAGGUAUAGUUGUCCUGUGGUGUAUCACAGGAAGGACAUCAUUUUGCUCUUUCCUGAUAUCAACCAAGGUUGUGGAAGCAAUAGUGGGGUUAAUGUUUUGGUGGCUCUCCCAAGUAAGGAAAUGGAAAACUUCCAAACCCUCUUUCACAAGUUCUUGACUUGAAAAAAAAACUCUAUAUCCUUUGCUCUCUUAACUAAAUAUGAUUAAUGCAAGAGUAUUGAAGAUUGUAUGUGUAGUGUUUUCUUAUGUAUUUGAAAUGUAAACUUAAAGUUAUUUGAAGAGGACUAUAGUUGAUUGAGAGGACUCAUGAACUCUUUGUAAUUAUGAAUGAA